AUGCAAUACCAGACAGAGUCGUGGGGAUCGUACAAGAUGAACAACAUGAGGUUCUGCAGCGUGGGGAUGGGGGACACUGGCCUGCUUCGCAUAGAGUCUCUUGCCUCGGAGAGUGCGGUGGUGAUAUUCAGCGUGAGCACUUGCUGUAUGUGCCACGCCGUGAAGGGUCUCUUCCGUGGGAUGGGAGUGAGCCCCGCCGUCCACGAGCUCGACCUCCACCCCUACGGCGGCGAAAUCCAGCGAGCACUCAUUCGUCUCCUCGGCUGCUCCGGCGCCUCUUCUCCGGGGGCUCUUCCGGUGGUCUUCAUCGGCGGCAAACUGGUCGGAGCUAUGGACAGAGUCAUGGCUUCUCACAUCAACGGCUCUCUCGUUCCUCUUCUCAAAGACGCAGGCGCUCUAUGGCUCUGA